UUUCGUGAGACCGGUGGAUUUUUCACUUUGGUUUUUCUUUUUCAAAUCCUAUUACAAAUUUCAACCAUGGCUCUCUUAGGAGCUCAAUUGGUCAUUACUCUUAUUAUGGUCAGUGUUAUCCAAAAAUUGACUCCACAUUUCUCUUUGGCAAGAUGGAUCUUAUGUUCUACAGGGUUGACUCGUUACUUAUAUCCAACUGACCAACAACUGAGGACCCUAGCCGGUGUGCCUAAAGACAAGCCCAAGAAAGGCAAGCACACAGAGAAUGGAAAGGUCGGAGAUGUGUUUCAAGUUCCUAGAAAUUUGGAUAUUACGCUUGAGAGUGCUAAAAUAACUACCUUAGAUGUAGUGCAUUUAAAAUAUUAUACAGAGUAUCAGUGGUUGCUAGACUUCUCUGUUUAUGCUGCUGCUGUCUAUGCUAUCACAGAGGUUUAUAAUUCUUUAUAUCCGAUCAAAGAUGAAAUUAACUUAAGUAUGCUUUGGUGCUCAUUGGUUCUGGGUUUUGCAUUCAAAGUAUUAAUGUCCCUUUGGAUAGAAUAUUUCAAAGGAGAGGAGAGCAUAGGUGAAAGAUCUACAUGUAUUGUGACCGGAUUUGCUUAUCUUCUCAUAGCUAUGAUGAUUCUUAUAGUCGAUGAGAACAACCUUGAAAUUGGAUUGGACAAAGCCUAUGCAAGCUUUAAUCAUAGUGCAUCUUUGUUUCUAGAUAAUCAAGGUCUCUCUUCUACAGGACCAGCAUCAAAAAUUGUUAUAAAGUUCUUCCUUGCCUUAUGGUGUGGUUUGCUUGGUUCUUUCUUUACUUUCCCUGGAUUGAGAGUGUCAAAAAUGCAUUGGGAUGCAUUAAGGUAUUACAAAGAUCAAAAGAUAUUGUUAUUAAUUGCAAAUAUAAGUUAUGCAUCACCACUUCUAUUAAUAAGCUUAUGGAUUAAGCCUAUAAGUAGGGAUUACCUUACAGUUCGUAUAUUUACUGGUAUGAAUGGUCCACUAAUGACAUCCUCGGGAUUUGAGAGUAUGAGGUUAAUUGCGAUCGUUGUUGCAAUUUUAUUGAAGUUUAUAUUGAUGCCACUAUAUUUGCAAUCGUACCUCAAUUUAGCCGUGCAACGAUUAGAGAAUCAAAAGAAGGAAGCUGGUAGAAUAAAAAAUGUUGACUUACAGAAAAAGAUUGCGGCAGUGUUUUAUUAUUUAUGUGUCGUUGCGUUGCAAUUCAUUGUUCCACUAAUCAUAUGUUUAUUUUUUACAUUCAUGUACAAAACGCUAGGUGGUUAUACAUGGGAAGGUAUUUUAAAGGGGACAGCUGUUGAAGAAUGUCCGGCAGACCAACCACCGAAAGCUAUCUUAAAUGUUAUGAAUAAUGACGAUCCGGAAAGGACAGUCACGCAAACAGCGCAAGAUUUUCAACUUGCGUUAAGUUCAUUGAAACAGAUAUUCACUACAGAUGUGUACAGGGGUAUAUUAGGUCUAGCAACAUGGUGGAGUUGUUUCGGGUUAUUCGCAACUACCGCUAUGGGGAUGUUUUAUCAGUCAUACUUUUCCAGUAUGUAAAAAGGCACUACGGACGGGAACAUUUGACGUCACUCUUCGUAAUUGGUCUAUCG